CCUCCAUCUCUCAUGUUUGCUCUGUGCUUGCAGGGGCAUGCAUCCCCCCGGAGGAGCAUCGAGUGAUCUUUUUGGAAGUCCAGAAGAAGUUGUUCCUUCAAGUCGACCCAACAGGAUGGCAUCGAAUAUUUUUGGACCAACUGAAGAACCUCAGAACAUGCCUAAGAGGACCAACCCCCCAGGGGGAAAAGGAAGUGGCAUCUUUGAAGAAUCCAUGCCUGUGCACACUCGACAGCGUCUGAACCCACCUGGUGGGAAGACCAGUGACAUUUUUGGGUCCCCAGUGACGGCUACUUUACCCUUGGCACAUCCCAACAAACCCAAGGACCAUGUGCUCUUGUGUGAAGGAGAAGACCAAAAAUUGGACCUUAAAGCUGCCAUGAGCACCUUGCCCAGAGAAGAGCCAGGUGAGAAAGGUGGCCCAAAAGAAGCAGACUCUGCCCAGGAGCCCCAGCCCACACCCACGGCUGACAACCAUGAGCCCAGGCUGGGCCCACGUCCUCGAUCUCACAACAAAGUCCUGAAUCCACCUGGAGGCAAAUCCAGCAUCUCCUUCUACUAGAGAAGCUAUUGCUUCCCCUGUAGCCAGAUAAGAAACUCGAGAGAUAGGAUUUCAAAUAUUAUAGUUUCCUUUAGCCCAAAGGAACGGGGGUGGGGAGAGGGUCUGUCGUGUAUCUGAAGCCACUGCUCAGGCUCCCCUGCCACCACGAGAGCCACAGAGGACCUCACCUUCCAGACUGCCGAGAGACAUAUCUUUGUGGGGGGCUGUGAUGCCGUGGUGAACAGUCCUACGUAAUUUUGGAGGAACUUUCAGAUGGGCUGGGUGGGGAGCUGGUGCAAGGCUACAGGGGCCCUGAUGAAGUGAGACCUUCCAAGUCCUGGUUGCAUCAGUGACCUGCCAGCCAAUUGGGUAUCUAGGAAUCACUCCACACAGUAGCAGAGUUUAAAGCCUCAGAAAGAAAGCCAAAAACCACCUGUGCAUUGGGCGUAAGCCGAGACACUAGUCUCCAUUCUUGGGACUAUUGCUGCUAACCCGAGACCUCCUUUGCACCCAGGCACAGAGUAUUCUGCAGUCUUUUCUUGAAACAUUUUGAGUGCUUUCCCUCGGCAGCUGUCAACAAAAACCAAAAAGUUUUCUCAGUCUUAUGCUUUAUGGAGAGAUUUUGUACCUUGAUCCUCUGGGGUGAUCUAUCUGCCUUUCACUCACAAUGGACUGGACUCAGUCUCUUCACAGACUGGUUUUGCUUAUGAAUUGUUUUGGGUUGUUUUUUUUCUCUUAUCCUUAAAUUUCAGCCUUAGCUCUUCAACACUAAUGUGGACAGUUCAUUUAUCUGCAAGGCCCACUGACUUCUGUAAGACUAAAACUCUAUCCAGAUACAUAAUUGGGUUAUUUAAAUCUUUCAUGUGUCUUUAUUCCUGUUGACAUUGGGAAGAAGAUGUUUGAGAACUUUGAGUUCUUUAAUAAUAUCUAAAGAGCUAUUCUUAAAUACCAGCUUUACAUAAGUGACCAUUGACUCUGGUCUGUUUCUGACACCUCUCUAGAAAAAAGUCAGUUGCUCAGGUACGCCAAAGAGGAAGAAAAGUUUGCUUAGGCCACCCUUUAUAAAGCUUUGCAGAACCUUUGGACCAUAAUUCAGUUUCCAGAAGAGACUUGGAGACCUUAGGCUAGGUGAUUAGUUUGGCAAAAAAGCCUUAACUGGCCAAUUCUGUGAUAUUUACCAGCAAAGGUAACGACCUGGCAAGUUGUGUUGCUUUAAUCUGUCAGGCAGAAGUUUCUCCCAUUGAGCCUCCUAAGAGUUACAGUCUACAUCACUCAUGCUGGACCAGUAGUUAAUAGAGGGGAGAGAGGGUUUGUGUGGUGGUUGCUGUUGGUGUGGGUGCCUGCAGAGCUAAUGCCAGGUGCUGGAAAUGUCUUCAUCGUCAAAAUUGAGAAAAGAAACACGUGUGUUUAGUGAUAGCCACCGUGGCUGAGACACUAAGUGCCUACAGGAGCUGCCUCCCAAACCCCUUACACCCAGCACAGUGAGGGGAUCUGCAAGUGGCUUUGUCAACCAAAGAGUGUCCCUCCUUUCAGUUAUCCUGCUGACUCUGGAGCCAAGAAAUAGGUAUUUCAUGUGACUUUAUCAAGUACUUCCUGUCUCCAUGUUUAAAAUGGUAAUUUUUAAGAAAUUGUUUGGAAUUCAGAGUAUUUUUCCCCCAUUAAGAAAUGUCACAAAUGGUGGUUAACUUUUAAGCCCAAACACACUAAUUUGUUUAACUUAUAAUGAAAUGUACUAAUGGUAGAAAUGAACUGCCAUUUGUAACUACGUUUUGCUUUUAAUACACAAGAAAAUAAUUGGUGAAUUCCAAAUUGGGUUGCUGGCAUUGUGCUGCUGGCCCUUGCGGUGUCACCCCCACCCUCACUGUCAGCCAAAUGAGAGGAAGGACUCUAGUUCUAUCCACUGGCAGAGAUCCAUGAACUCUUAGCAUCCUGUUAUCAACCUCUUAAGCUGCAUUGAAAAAUUACCAGUCUAUUUUUAUUAAGCCUUAAAACUUUUUAUGUGCAUUUGGUGCCAACUUUUUUCUAGAGCUGUAUCAAAAACAACAAACCUGUACUCACAUCACAAUGUAAUUUUGAUAGGAACAUUUUGUUAUUUUUACAAGGCAGAAUUGGGUGUAACAGUUGAAAUAAACUUCGUAAUCAUGUAUGCAG